GGGUGAUCUUCCAUCCGCCCGACGUUCGAGAGAUGUCGGCCAUCAAGGCUGGCGCAUCCGCCGCGCUUUCCACGCGCGGGAAGCGGGCGUUGCAGCCAGCUCUGUCGUACUUUCAGCUUGCCCUGGAUGCCCUCGCCAAUGAAGCGACAGAUGACAACUUGGACGGAUACGUAUCGGUGGCGAUCUCGGAGAAUCGGAUCCUCGACGCCAACAAGAUGCUCUCGAAAUUAAACGAAAGUUGCGCCGCGGCGUCACAGAAAUCGGGCUUGGGCUACGAUGACUUCACUGGUCGACGCGCCUUUAAGGAGGCAUACGCGUCAUUCAUCAAGGCCACGCUAGUGAAAGACACCAGCGUGGCGAAAACCAUCGACCCGAACCACUUGGCACUAUCUAGUGGAGUCGGUUCCCUCUUGGCGCAUUUGAGUUCGCUACUACACGACGAAGGUGAUGCCGUGCUGCUACCCACGCCCGCCUAUGGCGCGCUUUACAACGACUUCUUCGUGUCGUCUGGCAUCAAAGUGGUUGACGUGCCCAUGACCUCCACGUACGAAAUAACUGUCGAGAACCUGGAGGCGGCGUACAACCAAUCUGUCGCGGCCGGCCACAUGCCCAAGUCUGUUCUUCUUCUCAACCCUGAAAACCCUCUGGGCAUUAUUCGAAGUGGCCAGACUCUGCGGGCCAUUUCGUCCUGGUGCGUCAAGUACAAGCUGCACCUCAUCGUGGACGAAAUCUACGCCAACUCGAUUCACUCGCCGGAACUGAGUUUCCAUGCAUUUGAAUCUGGCGCGACCAUCUUCGACACGUCGGAAGCGAUGACCCCGCACUUCCACCUACCUCCACACGUGCACAUCUUGUGGGGACUGUCCAAGGACUGGGCCGCGUCCGGACUCCGCGUCGGAGUCGUCUACACGGGAAACACAGACUUGCUUCAAGCCCUAUCGAACGUCCUCUACUUUUCGGGAGUGCCCAAUUACUUGCUUGACGGCCUCGCCCAUCUCCUGCGUGACUUACCAUGGUCCCUCGAUUACAUUGCGCAGAACAACCGCGACCUCCGACACUCAUACACCCAAGUCGCCGCCGUCCUGACCAAGUUCAACGUGCCGUUCGUGCCAGCGCCGGCAGGGAUGUUUGUCUGGGUCGACUUUUCUGCCUUUUUGCGCCACGAUACGUGGUAUGGCGAGCGGGAAUUGACCCAACUCAUGUUUGAGAAGUGCAAAUUCAUCAUGACCCCCGGCGAGGCUCAACACGCUCCGACGCCAGGCUUCUAUCGGAUCUGCUUUGCGUACAACACCCCCGCAGCCGUUGUGCACGGGCUCUCGCGCACGCUCGAGUACUUGACGAGUCAGUCGACCGACUAGAAACACACCCGAGCUUCCCUGCCAAGUCGUUGCAUUAGCUUAAAGCACGAACGAGCGCAUCGCACGCUUUAGAAUGUCGGGCGACUUUGGUGCAUUUCAACUGUGGUUUUUUAUCCACGAUGGUGCUAACUGAGCUGGCCGCAGUUGACAAUAGUGGCGUCGUGAUCUGGUAGCGGCCGGUCGUUGGAGGGAUCGGUUGGAAGGUUUUCGAUGCGCCGAACAACGUCCAUGCCUUGAAUGACUUCGCCAAACACGACGUGUUUUCCGU